UCCAGUGUCCACGCAUAUAGCCAUUGUCUGUCUAAGGACAAAUACAACUAGGAUAAGGCCUGGUCAUCAUGACGGCUGGCUACACGCAUACAAAUACGCUACGUGCAGAGCUAGCUUUGGCACCACAAUUUUGUCCAGCACUCAGCAUUGCCCGGCUCUAUCCACGCUGUAGCUAACGUAUUGAGCCAUAUUUCGUUGCCUGCUUCUAGCUCACAGAUGGGCUUGGCAGCGGCCUGCAUCUGCUUAGUCUAUACGCGCUGCCUCUAGAUCCAGUUGGCCGUGGAUCUGAAAUCCCGCGCUGAUCUUCUUCUUGCGACUUCCGCGCGGUCCGGAGAGUGGAGAAGAGGCGACGACGUAACCUGGGGAAAGGCCAUAAGAAGAGGGCCAGCUGCAGCUCUGAUCAUUCUCAUACCAUCUCUAGCAGAAGCUUCUCAAUCAUCUUCUACACAAUCCAGACUACGCAAUGAUUAUCGACCAGAAGAUCCUUGCACGCCUUCCGGCCAUCAGCAGAACCUUGUUCGAAGCCAAGCAGAGCAAGAAGCUCAGCUUUGAGCAACUUGGCUCCAAGAUGGGCCGUAACGAGGUUUGGGUCGCAAGCUUAUUCUAUGGUCAGGCGAAGCCUGCAGCUGAGGACAUCAAAUCCCUUUCGGAAGCAUUGGACAUCAAGAAGGAAUUGCUGGAGGAAAGCAUUGGCGAUGGCUACUUCCCAAACAAAUGUGACCUAUUGGAGAUGCCACCGCGGGACCCGGUGCAUUAUCGACUCGUGGAGAUGGUGUUGGCAUAUGCUCCUGCAUUCAAAAGUAUCAUCAAUGAAAAGUUUGGCGAUGGUAUCAUGUCUGCCAUUGCCUACGAUGCAAAGAUUGAGAAGGAGACCGUUGACGGGGCUGACUGGGUCAAGAUCACGCAGCGUGGCAAGUUCCUGCCAUACAAGAGGUUCUGAGUUGAUGGGUGGAUGCAUACGUUUUUGUAGAACUUACGUUUGGCAGAGCAUACACACUGAUGAGACAUAGGCGAGCAUAUACAGAUUUAUCAUAACAGUACACCUCUGCAGACAUGUCGAGAAGCCAACC